AUGGGGAAGCUGAUUUUUGCGCGGCGCUUGCAGGAAGAGAUCCUCCUGUCAGCCGGCUGGGAGUUCCCGCUGGGCACGAAGCUCGCAUUCGACAGCCAGCUGGAGGCCUCCGCCUUCGGCAGCGGCGCCGCGGCGGCCUUGUCUCUGACGCUGCUGGCGGGCUACAGGUACAGCCUAGUGGCCAUCUCGGUGCCAGAGGACUUUAAGUUUGGCAUCGACCACAACCAGGCCGUGGUGAGCUUGGUGGUGUCCUCCAUCACCAGGGACUCCUGCGCCAGGAGCGCUUACGCGGUGUCCAUGGCUCUGGUGAGGGCAUCAUUGCAGACGGAUUCCUUCGUGCCCUCAACCCUGGCGGACGGGCAGCUGCUGCGGUUGCGGGAGCUUCUGUCAGAUGGGACCAUGAUCGGGCAGACGGCCACGUUUCCGCACGUGUCCUUCAUGCACGGGGGCGACUACCAGCUGUGCUACAGCCCGGAUGGGAGCAUGGCAGGGAAUGAGUUCCUGAACAACAUCGUCCCGGUGAGCAUCCGCGUGAUCGGGGUGUCCUCUUCGUGCAUUGGGAACGGGUGCCUGGCGAACGAGCGCUGGGAUUGCUUCAUCUCUUACCGCUUGGAGUCCGCCAGCCGCUGCCUCAUCGACUUCCGCUCCUUUGGUGGCGGCCGCGACGGCUGGCAGGUGGAGGCGGGCACCUACAGCAAGACGGCAUGGUCGGCAGCCUGGGUCCAGGACACCUACCUCGCCGGGGAGUUCGUGCCGGCGCCGCGGAAGCGGUGCUCGGACGUGUCCACCUUGGAGUACAUCCAGCCGGAGGUGGACAUCUUCGAGACUUUCUCCUGGGCGCCGCCCACGGGCCUUGGCUUUAUCACAGACACGGUCACGGCCAUGGACAUGCCAGCACUGAAGCCCUCGAGCGCUACGGGGAGCUACAGCUUGACGGCCUGCUACUGCCCCAACUACGACGGACCACAGGACCCUACGGUGGAGCCCUGCGACCACGCAUCGGAAUAUAUUCAACCCAUUGGCGUCAUUUACUACUGGCUGCUGCGGAUUUGUGAUGCUGGAAACACCGCCUCCUGCGGUCCGCAGGCGGCAGCGCCCUUCAUGCGCGUCUUGCCCCAGCAGCCCUUCUCCUUGCGCCUGCAGUGCCCUCCUGGUGGCGAUGCCUGUACCGGCAGCGCUGAGAACCGCGUGAAGUUCUUGCCGGGCUUCUGCCCGCUCUGCUCGCUGGGCGAGUCUUCGGAGCAGAUCCCGAUCUGGGACAUCGGGUCCCGGUGCCGCAGCGGCGACGCGGAGACCAGUCAUAUGAUCUUCCACCCCAGCGUGGACGAGGACGGCAACCCCCUGGAUGAGGCGGCCUAUCGUUCCGGAGGCACGAAUCGAGAUUACAAGUUCUGGGAGACGCCGAAUCUCAUCGGAAAGCUGCCCAUGAGUGAGCGAGUCGUGGUCUGCUACUGCGACGUGGCAUGCCACAACUUCCAGAACUUCUUUGAGGUGGGGGAGAUCCGAAUGGCCGACAGCGCAGGAGUCGCCAGAUGGUCCAAGCCGGGGUCGCAGUUUCAGUUGAUUCAGCCCAUCGAGACGGUGGAGUAUCCGGGCAAGCCAGGAGGUAUCACGCUCUUUGCAGGGAUCCGCUCCAACAUCUCUGAAGGCAUGCACCCCUACGACAGCAUCCCCUGGCGCCGCAAGUCCAUCAUGAAGAUCCUCUCAUUUGACAGUGCCGCUGAGUACACGGCCGCGUCAUCCGGUGCCAAAGUCACGCUGGAGGAGUAUCUCAACCUGAACCGGGAGGACACGGCGCUGGGGCGCCGGGGUCUGGAUACGGCGUGCGCCGUGAACGCCACCAGCGCCGGCACGGUGAACGGCCCCGCCACGGAGGAUGUCUCCGCCCAGUUCGCCGCGUGGGUGGGGCCCGAGGCAUCCCAGUACCUGCCCUUCACAGGCAUUGAGAACGACCAGACCUUCGAGUUCUAUUUGGCGGGCACUUACGUGGUUUGCUAUUGCUCCUUCCUGACCACGGCGGGCAUUUGCGAUGACACGGGCUACAUCUGGGCUGCCACGAUCUUGUUGAAGGGGUCGCGGACCAACCAGCAAGUGCUCUUGCCCACCAACUUUGUGGUGCGCAUCGACUUGGAGGGCUGGGGCUUCACCUCGCAGGACACGCUUCGCCUCAUCACCCAGACCCAGACCUGCUCCGAGAAUGCCAACAAUCCCAAAGGUGUGGUGGACGGCUUUCGCCUGGGGUGCCCCGGCGUGGAUGGCCUCACCUGCCGCAAGCCAGUGGUGGAGGAGGAUGUCUCGGUGAUGCUCAUCUCCGCGGAAGCCACGGGCUUCUACAUUGAAAGCGUCAUCAUGGAGCAGACCAGGACGAUAUUGGUCUUCAACGGCGCAGUGACAUCAGAAGUGUUGGAUGGCGAUCAGAUCACCCUGGAUGAAUCCAGCAUCCUCUUGAAUGGGCGCGGGCAGUUGUCUUGGACUGACUAUGAAAGGCACAUCGUCUCCAAGUUCUCUGGGUGGCCAGCAUUUGCGGACGAGCCUGAGUCCCAGCGAAUGCUCUGGAAUCGGGUGUCUCACACCGACGCGCCCAACCAGCUGAGCAUUCCUCUGGGUUGGGCCGAAGCAGACCGCCCGGAACUGACCUUCUUGAACAACAAAGGCCUGUGGCACCGGCGGAACCGGCUGCAAACGCAGGAGGAGAUCAAAGCGGAUGCGGCCGCAUCGCUCAAGAUCUGCUGGGGUGCCAGAGACGGGGGCAAUCAGGAGUACUACGGCGAAGCAGGAGUGCUGACCUUCGCGUCCCCAGCGCCCAUGGCGGCGGCGGGCUUGUACUUCACGAGCCUGGCUGGAGGCUCUGAGGCUCCGGCGGUGAUCUCCUUCACGCCCACCAGAGGCAAGGUUGACUACCGGAGGCAGACCUCCAUUGUGCUUCGGAUUCUCUUUAAGGAGAUGCCCCGCAGCAUCACGCCGCUGACGACCUCGCGGGUGGAGAUGGGGGACAAUGAGACCGUGGCCUCCGAGGACAUGAGCCAGGCGGUUUGCGGCAGCCUCUUUCUGGAGAUGUGGACCAACGAUGUGUCUGGCUUCCCUCUGCCCAAGGGCUGCUAUUAUGGCCCGCUCUACACGGACUUCAAGGACCCGAAUGGCCAGGAGCAGCCCUCGUACCGUGAGUACUUCAUCGAGUUCGAGCCGCGGCACUCGCUAAGGGACCGGUGCACGGAUGAGCUGAGCGGGCGGGCCGCCAGCUGCGUGUACCAGCUGGUGCUGAAUAUGCGGAUCCAAGAGGCGGAAUUUCAGCUUGGCAAGGAGAUCAUGAGCCUUUAUACCCUUUGCGCGGGGCGGUCUGGCUAUGCCACAGUCUGUGGACCCCGGUAUGGCGUCAUUGAGUAUGGCCAGGUCUUCCCCAUCCUGCCGGUGCGUGCGCCGGCGCUGAACGCCACGCGGCUGGGCCGCGUGGAGGUUUUGCCCUUCGAGGCGGCGCAGCGGGUGGGCUCCAGAGGCCUGGGACAGGACCUUGAGGACUUGAUGCUGGAGGCCUCGGAGGUUUUGGAGGAUGGCAGCGAUGGGCUUUCGCUGGGGCUCCGCGCCUGGGCCAAGGAGGCAGCCUACCCCAUCCAAGCUGGAGCAAGGCUCCAGCUCAUCUUCCGGCCCCUGACACUCUGGAGCCUGUCCCCCGUGGUGUCCCGGAACUGCAACGCCUCCUGCCUGGCCGCGCCGGGCUUGACCUGUGACGACGUGCGGGGCCCGGGCAUGGUGGGGUGCCAACUGAAGGCCUUGGUCGACACUGCCACCGUGAGGGACGUGCCAAUGCAGCAGAAUAUCCUCGAGAUGCAGCUUCCUAACUUGAUGGACGAGAUGCCGGAGCACCGUGCUGACGAGGCGCACCUCCUGAAGCUUCUGCACUUGAAGUUGCCCCGGGAAGGCUUCUUCAAAACCUGCAUGCUGGCGACGUACUCCGAGGAUGGCAUGCCCCCCUCCGUGGUAGAGGUGGAGCCCUGUAUGAAGAAGGCCCCCGCGCCGGGGGUCACCACCGGCCAGAUCCUCGUGGACGGCCAAGCGGGCAACGGCCCGAAGCCCUUCGCCUUCGAGCGGGACAAUGAGAUCAUCGUGCGCCUCACGCUCGGAGCCACACUGAGGAAUAUGCUUCUAGUGGAGGCCGAGCUGCCGAACGAGACGGGCACGGAGCUGGUUCCGGGGCAAGCGGCACAAGUGCAGGUCUUGCUGCCUGAGGGCUACUCCUGUACAGUGGUGGGCAAUGGCACAGCAGACCCCUUGGGCGAGAAGAGCUUCUUCAAGCAAGACUUGAACAACGAUGGCUUUGUGGACAACCCGGCCAGCACGGUCUUCAGCGGCCAGUGGUCGUGGGACGGCAGCAUGUGCAAGUACAGCCUUGAGAGCACGGCCGCCCUUUUCGCGAACCAAUUCAUCGACGUGCGGCUCUCGGUGCAAAACCCCCUGCGGCCUCUGCUGAAGACGGACGAGCGGAACCGCUGGCACAUCCAAUUGAUCACCUCGGAGGGGGAUGUGCUGGGCCCGCCCGCGCAGUUUAUGUCCUUGGAGGAGGAGGUGCCGGGCUGGGUGGGGAACCUCGCAGUGCUGGGCACGCUGGAGGGGGAGUCUCUGCAACCCUCCAACUUCACCAACCACGCCGAGAACACCCUGAGGGUCUUCUUCCAGAUGACGCGGAACAUGCCGGAGCACUCCCUGAUUUUGCUGGACGCUCCCCCGGGCUACGACUUUACGCUGAGCUGCCAAGUGCACGAGCUGGAGACAGCCUACUACCAGGACUGGGAGGCUCUUCCCUGGGCUCAGGGCCUCACGGGGGCCCAGGGGCCCACCGGCGCCUUUGGGACCGACGUGAACUGCUCCGCGGAUGACUGGCAGCGGCCUGCGGACAUUCCCACUGCGACUGCCCCCUUUACGCGGGCGAUCCUGCGGAUUGGGCGCACGCUACUUCUGGGCAAGUACUACGGCUUCGCCAUUUUGGUGCAGAACCCGGGGGAGUGGAACUUGACUCAGCACGACGAGUGGCGGCUGUGGCUCCAGAGCCCCGAGGGCUACAUGGUGGACGGCUCCAGGUACUCCGUGCAGUUCAACGCUGCCCGCGUGGACUCCUUGCCGGUGGAGCCCCACGACAGGGGCUGGGCGGUGUAUCCCUCCAGCACGAAGCUGCCGCUGUACUUCGACUUCGGCGCCCCGCGUCUUCUGCCCACCGCCGCCUUCGCCACCAGCGCCUUCCUCACAGUCUACGCGCUGACGCCCUCGACCAACGGGGUGCUCUCCAGUCUGCGGGUCAUCGCGCCACUGGGAUAUGUGUGGAUGCCUGACGCCGAGGAGGGUUGGCUGGGAUAUGUGCCCAACGUGACCUGCAAGUACUGCGAGCUGAUCGUCAGUCCCGUGGUCAGGUUUCAGAACGAGCUCAUCUUGCCGGACUUGGUGAUGCGUAUCAAUCAGGCCUUCGGCUUCCGUGUGCGGGUCUACGUGCCCAUGCGGCCCCCCACGCGCUCCACCAACGCCUUCUUCCUGGAGAUUGGCUUCGACCCUGGCACGGAAGGCCGAGAGCGCAUGCAGGCCGCCAUGAUCGAGGCACCGAAGAUCCGAGUGGUGCACGACGUCUUCAUCGAGUCCAGGUGCAACCUCGCGGGCUUCAAGGAGAACGUCAUGGACUUCAGCCUCCGAAUCGCUUCCCCGCUGGAGGUCAACGAGGGCUUUCUCUUCGCGGGGGACGAGCUCACGCGGGGCACGGUGCUGCGCUGCUGGCCCUCGGAGCUGCCCUCUGCGCCGCUGAGCGUCACCGCGGCGCAGGGGAGCUGCGUCAAAGUAGGAAAAUGA